ACGGCCACAGCAUACUCAUUACUUUUUAAGUUAUUAUUAGUUCAUUACUCCCUGACGCGGAGAUAAAAAGGUCGUCCUCCGCUUUGUAGUGGAUAAAGGCUGAGCUCAAGCUGAAACAGGCUUUGACUCAGAUCCUAGAUCCAAAACACAUUGGAUCCUGAAUUGAGUCGAUCAUUUUCUUGAUCUAAGUCAUGUCGAGGAGGCAGGUGAGCUCGACGCGCCGUUUCGUGGAUAGUGGUAGCUUUCCAUUUUCAGGAGCCUUGCACUCCAAAUCGCGAUCUUCUCCUUUAUUAUCAGUUUGCCUUGUCCUUGUCGGAGGAUUGCUUCUGCUUGGUUAUGCUUAUAGUGGACCAGGUGUGUUUGGAGGUGGGAAGGAAGCAGUUAGCAAGGUUGAAGGUGACUAUUCAUGCACAUUAGAAGUUCAGAGAGCAAUACCUAUUCUAAAGAAAGCUUAUGGGGACAACAUGCGCAAGGUUUUGCAUGUGGGUCCUGAUACAUGCUCAGUGGUCUCUAAACUGUUGAAAGAAGAAGAAACAGAAGCAUGGGGCGUGGAACCAUAUGACACAGAGGACGCAGAUGCACAGUGCAAAAAACUUGUGCGCAGAGGCCUUGUUCGUGUUGCUGAUAUUAAAUUCCCGUUGCCCUACAGAUCAAAGUCAUUUUCUCUUGUUAUAGUGUCUGAUGCACUGGAUUACCUGUCCCCAAAGUACCUGAACAGGACUCUUCCGGAAUUGGCUAGGGUGGCUGCUGAUGGUCUUGUUAUUUUUGCAGGUCACCCUGGUCAACAAAGAGCUAAAGUUGCAGAGCUUUCCAAGUUUGGUCGACCAGCUAAGAUGCGGAGCUCGUCAUGGUGGAUUCGCUUUUUUGUCCAGACAAGCUUGGAAGAAAAUGAAGCUGCUAUUAAGAAAUUUGAGCAGACAGCUACCAAGAGGUCAUACGUACCAGCUUGUCAAGUCUUCCACCUCAACCCGUACCAUUAAUAUGAAGAAAUAUUCCACAAGAUGAAAGAACGUCCAUAAAUUUUUGUGCAACUAAUUUAAAGGGAACAAAAUGUUUCUGCGCUGGUACAAACACACCCUUCUUUCAAGAAAUUAAAUUUGGUAAAGAUAGCUGUGUUGAUUCUGUCACUGUCAGCUUAUGUUAGUCUUUAUAAAAUUUGCAAUCAAAUAUUUAAUCUGUUGAUUUUUCCUUA